AUGUCUCUCUUUCCCAGCGAGAGCGGCAUGUCCGCUGCCGCUACCGACUGUUCUUCCAACAUCGCGUCUUCGAGCUCGACACCCCCUACCAGCAUUUCUGACAUCGCCAGCCAGGCCUCGGAUGGUCCCAAGCUAGACGAUGUUCCCGUCAUUCUCGAAUCCGAAGCCCAAAUCGAAACCCACACCCGUAUCGAAACCCGUAUUGAAGCCCAGAUCGAGGCCCACAUCGAAAUCCCUGAUGCCAUCGCCGCCGAAUCAGCACGCGAAACACCACCGGAACCUCAGUCCGAAGGACGACCUCGCCGAUCAUGCUCUGGGAAGCAAACGUACAAUCUGUCACAACUGAGCGGCACAGCAAACCGCGGCAAACGACGCGCCAAGGGCGACGACGUCGCAGACCGGCGCAGGACCAUUUCGGGCGCGACACCCAUUAGACCUGGCCUCAAUGCCGACACCAAUGCUGACGAUGUCGCGCGCGUUGCCGGCAACCUCGUCCGUGACGGCAUUGACGCGUUGAACCUUCAAUGGUCCAUCGGAGACCUGAAGACCCCGCGCCCGAAGAAGACAAAGAUGGAAAAGGCAGAUACCUCUCGCAUCACCCGCCAUACGGCGCGUCUCAUCGGCACGCCUGUUGAGAACCUUGCGACCAAGGUGUCUAACCUCGGAAAAAGGAGCCGUAAGACUUUCGAAAAGAGCAUGGCCAAGGUUCCCCGCGAGCUGCUCCGCCUCCGGGACACGAAGGAAUUCGCCGGCAUUGACGAUAAGCCCGUUAUAAGAACGGUCUGGUCUAACGGAAAGCUCGUAAUAUUGGACGAGAAUGGCAACAUCCCUGCACCGCCGUCCAAGAAGGCCAAAUCAGAGCCGCUCGAGACUAAGAAGGAGGAAGCAGAGGAGAAGCCCGAGCAAGCUACUGAAGCGCAGGCCAAAAAGACAAGGCGAAACAAGAAGUACCUCGAUCGCGGACUGUAUGCCGGUCAAGCGACCCCUUCGGAUCUGACUAAGGGUCUUUCAGCCGCUGAGCAAAAGAAGCUCGCGCAGACCCCGGAGCUGAAGAACUAUGGCCGUUCCAACAAGGCCCUGCCGUUGCCCAUGUUCAACGGAUUGCGACUGCUUCUGAGCGGCCGCGACUUCAAGCUGCCGUUCGAUGUCUGCAAUCCUCUGCCGCCGGGCCAGCCGAAGCCUGACGAGUUCCGGAAGCUCACCAAGAAUCGCUUUAUUGGAGAGUCGCAUUCUUUAUGGAAGAAGACGCCACACUUCCUUGACCAGUCCAAGUGCGUUUGCAAGGUCGAAGACGGUUGCGGUGAGGACUGCCAGAACCGAAUCAUGCUGUACGAGUGCGACGACAAGAACUGCAACGUAGGCCGGGAGCAUUGCACAAACCGCGCGUUCGCCGAUCUCCAGGACAGGAGAGUAGGGGGUGGCAAAUACCGCGUCGGCGUCGAGGUAAUCAAGACGCCUGAUCGUGGCUACGGCAUCCGCGCCAACAGAUGCUUCGAAUCCAAUCAGAUCAUCAUGGAGUACACGGGUGAGAUCAUCACGGACGAGGAGUGCUCCGAACGCAUGGAAAACAAGUACAAGAACAACAAGUGCUACUACCUUAUGAGCUUCGACCAGAAUAUGAUCAUCGACGCUACUAAGGGUAGUAUUGCCCGUUUCGUGAACCACUCGUGUGCCCCCAACUGCCGGAUGAUUAAAUGGAUCGUAUCCGGUCAGCCAAGGAUGGCACUCUUCGCGGGAGACAAGCCCAUCAUGACGGGCGAGGAGCUCACUUACGACUACAACUUUAGUCCUUUCAGUGACGAAAACGUCCAGACUUGCCUCUGCGGCGCGCCGAACUGUCGAGGGAUAUUGGGGCCGAAGCCUCAGGAAGUCAAACAGCCCAAGCCUCCCAAGUCGACUCUCAAGGCCGUCGUCAAAAGCGCUGUCAAGGCUAGUAAGCGCAAGAUUGAGACGUUGGUCGGCAACGACGGUGACAACGACGGCUCGGCAAAGAAGCGCAAGAUCAAGGCCGCCAAGGGAGUGCGACAGUCACUCUCUUCGACCAGCCUUCUCACCAAGGCGGCCGCCGCCAAGGGCGCGGCGACGGUUAAGAGACGUGUGUCGGCCAUGGCAAUUCUGAGCAGCACGAGCAAGACGAAGACGAACACGCCUGCCAAGGCCACCAAGGCGACUGCGAAGAAAUCCACGCCAAACAAGAUAUAUACUGCGCCCCACCCCGCGCGCAAGGCCACGGCAGUCCGUAAGUCGGGCUCUGGCAAGGUGCUCAAAACAUACGGGAAGGGAUCGCCCAAGACGACGAGCCGGGCACCGAGCAUGACCAUUGUAGCUGCGGGAGCAGAGGACGACGAUGAUGCGGCGCCGAAGAAGAUGUCCAAGCUCCACCGGAGCUUGAGCAAGGCGUCGCGCAACGCACUGGAGGAGCUUUCCAUGGGGUCCACCAUUCGGCUUGUGAGCCCCGAGCUCGUGAAUCCCGAGGCCACCAUCACGGCCCGACAAGAUUAG